ACGAAUUGAGAUUUAAUGCUUUGCUUUGUGAUUUGCACCCCCAAAAAGAUAUUGAGAUUUCUGAGACGACCAAGCAUCACUUGAGUGACCGGCAGCUGGCUUCCCACCUUCGACCUGGCUCAAGUGCGAAACCCUGGACCACGCGAAACGGAUCCGGUGGCCGAUCCAGUGGUUCACACCAUGCGGGCAGCCUCGGAUGCAAAGAAGCUGCUGAAGAUUCGCACCGGUGGCAUUUGCGUGAGCGAGAAUUCCGCGCCUGAAACCGUCGGAAUUACCUAUGAGCUUUGCAAUUCCUCUGACAUGAGCGUUUGCUGGGACACCGAGAAUAUGUCCUUUGGUGAUUAUCCCGUGGGUGGAGAGGAGUCCGCCUUGAGUAUUGCGGCGGUGCACAGCUAUCUGAAGGUCUCGGGCGCCGGAGGGGACGACGCCGAUGAUGGGGUCAACGAGGUGAAUGGCAUCUACGUCAUGACCAACAAUUCCUUUUCGCCUGAAUACUAUCAAUACCCGUUUGGAGACGGGCGCCUCAUGUAUGACGGGGGGAAAUGGAUUCUCUACAACAACGUGUACGGUUCCGAGAACCAUUACUACGAAGUGGAGUGUGAGAGUCUGAACAUCCCUGACAAGGGAUGGAAGCCCAUGGAAGGUUGGGAAGAGGAGAUGCAAAACCCGCCAACCAUCAGCAAGCAUGAGCUGAAGGAGGGGCAAGAUGUGAAACUUCGGAAGUUGCAUCCUGACAGUCAUAUCCCUGCUGCCCAGUACCCUGGAGCUCCAUGUCCUUUCAUGCAUGGUGACAUCUGCACCGUGGAACGUAUCGAAGGGCUCUUCUUUGCUCCUAAGAUCUCGCCUGAUCAGUGGAUUCCCUUGCGAGCAGCGAUCCCUGUGGAGGCCUUGCCGGAAGACGAACAGGAGGGGGAUCGCCUUGAGAAGCGCGCGCCCAAGGCCAAGGCCAAGCCGGCGGGCAAGGCGAAGGCGAAGGCGAAGGCGGUCGCCGCGGUCGCAAAGGCGGGGGAGGAAAGAGAUGAGAUUCUCAGUGUGCUGAAGAGCCUGGUGCAGAAGGUGGAGAACUUGGAGACUGAGGUGAAGAAGCUGCAGAAAUGAGGCAGCUCAGAUCAUUGGAGUUUCAACCUUGGCGCAGUUUCCCAAAGGGAACAGGAAUGACAUGCUGUACGUCACUGGUGACCCUGGAGAAAGUCAAUUCCAAGGUCCGCAGACGAGAGAACUCAGGCAAAAGGAUG